UUCGCCCUUGACUGGUUUACAAUUUUUACGCGCAAAGAAAUUUAAUGGAAAAGAACCAAGUCAAGUCAAAAGCCGAACCGGGUAUCUGGAAGCUAGCUGAGAAAAGUUAUAGGAGUAACUUAAACGCUCCGCAUAGCCGCCGGUGACCUGCUUGUCUCUCAUCAGUCAUCACUCCAUCUAUCACCGGUCAACCGCUUCCGCUAAACGACAUCGUUUGGCAGCUAAACCUUCCGACCCCGAUGGCAAAUCAAGGAGCCAAGAAGCGAAAAGAAGAAAAUGCUCGUCACAUGAAGAAUCUCCUCUACGUCAUCAUCAUCUCCAAUGUUGUAUAUUUAGUGAUUAGGGCAGGGUUUAUGUACUCGACGUUUAAGUGGAAGCACGCUGGAGGGCUGUUGUUGACGGCGUUUGCUUACAUCAUACCCUACCAGCAACUCUACGCCAUGUCUAUGCCGUCGUAUGGUGAAGACGGGGAGCUUAUUGACGGCGGAUUUGAUAUGUCUACUGGUGGAAUUUGUGGAUAUUUGCAUGAUGUAAUCUAUAUUACAAGCUUUGUUCAACUCGCUUCUAUCUUCUCGGAGAAGUUUUGGUAUAUAUAUUUGGUGAUACCAGCAUUUGCAGCAUACAAGCUCUUUGGUCUUGUCAAAGGAUUUUUACCCUCUGGUUCAGAGGGACCUGAAGAGGAUGAAAAGACGCGCAGGAAAAGAGAGAAGAUGGAGAAAAGGGCUUCAAGAGGAAAAUUUGUCAAAACUAGGGCACGAUAAUCUAGACUGAGAUGGGAUGUGUGGCUAUUAACCGAAGUUUAUGUUUCAAGACUUAUAAACCAAAAUUUCCAUCUCUUGUCAUGCUGAGAUCUCACGGAUCAACGUUUUCUGUUUAAGAGAUGGGAAUGUUUUGUAUCUUGGGAGGAUGGUUCGACACUCUUUUGGUGCUUUUGCUGUAAAAAGAUAGAAGGCUGAUCAGGGUUUGAAAAAAAAUAAACCCCAUUUCUCGGUCCUAUUACUGCAGAAAUUAUAAAUAAGAGAUUUAAGAUACUUUUCUAAAAAA